AUGACUAGCUUCGGCGAAUUCGGCUCCAAAACCAUUGCCGAGCAAAAGGACAGUGCGUCAACCGCACAGAAGGCGAUAAAUGACCUUCAGAAGAACGUCCAGGAGCAGAAACAGGAAGUGGCAGAUCACCUCCACAUGAACAUGAAAGACGAUCUAACUGGGAUAGAAGACUAUACUCGACGCUUUGAUGCAUCCUUCCCCGACGACAAGUGGGAUGACUUCCUUCAAAGUCACUAUAACAACAUCCAGAAUUGCAACAAGGACAUCGUGCAGAACCAGACAACUGCAGCAAUCGCGAACGGCAUAGUCGAGCAGGCCACGCCAAUUGUCGACAACGUGAAUAAGCUACAGCAGCAGAUUGCCGACACGCUCGCCUCUCUUGAAGCGCUGGCACCUCAGCUUGGAUCCCUGAAGGCAAACUUGAACAAGAUGAAAAUUCAAGUCGAUGACAUGGCAGAAGUUUUCACCACGUUCUCAGAGUCCAGGCACUUCACCGUGUCGACCGCCCUGUACGUCAAGAAACUCGGCCAAAUCGGCGCCACGAGCUUCCGCGUCGACGCCCGUUGCAGUAGCUUCGCCGGCGCCAUGUUCGCGCAGCUCACGCAGAUCGCCAUACCUCCACCAACAAGCGACGUGAUUACUCGAGACAGUACGGCUCAGGCUGAAGACGUGCAGAAAGAGGUGUUCCGCCGAAUGGGAGGCUGCUCUGGCCUUGCCGCUACAGUGCUCUCUUCCCCCUAUUGA